AUGCGACAGAUUCAUUAUCCAAAUCAAGGAGAUGCAGGUUGUACAUCAUCGUCGUUUUCAUCGCCAGUGAUAUUACCCAUGACGGCUCAAUCAAAUGUUUCUCAUCUCGAAAUGACAGCAUUGUCGAAACCAUCCAGCACCGUCUCGAAUUCAAAGAUACUUGGGAUAAGAAGUGCUGAAACGAUGAUAGCAACAGACUCAGUUCCUAUGAUACCACCUAUAAAAUUGAUCGACACUAAUACAAUGACUUUGACAAAUCUUUGCCUACUGUGUAGGAACAUAGAAAAGCGUCUUGCAUGCAUUCCAUGUGGACAUUUUGUUACAUGUGUUCCAUGUAGUCGUACAUUAAGAUCAUGCCCAAAAUGUCGAUAUGAGAUACAAGCAUUUGUUCGUGUCUUUAUUUAA